UAAAAUCCGAUUCAUUGUACAGCCAGCUUUCGCAAUGAAGAUACAGUUCCUAGUUUUGAUUAUUUCAGUAUAUUUGGUACACUCUACCAAAGCCUGCAACACGCCUGAGGACCGUCAGCUAUGUGACACACUCACUCAACGGUGUAGAGCAACAGCAGCAAAUAGGCCUGGCGUAAACCCAGACGACACCUUUGCAACUUUCAACACACAAUGCCGGGUGAGAGUCGGUGCCACAUGGCGCAAUGUUGCAUAUUGUGAUAUGGUGCGGGCGAUCUGUCAGCUAACCCUUUUAAGAUGCCAAAAAACCACUUGCCGCAAUGUUCAAGCCAUCAUUUAAAGAAAUUCGUGCAAGUAAAAGGUUAUAC